GAGGCUGCCUGAACAAGAGCCUCAAAUGCAUGGGGAGGUCCAGUCCCCUAGGUACCCCCAGCCUUACUCCCCCAACCUGCAGGAGCAGUGGGACCUCAGUGUACCCGAGGGCUACCAGAUCAGACUCACCUUCACACACCUGGACAUUGAAGCUUCAGAAGACUGCCACUUCGAUUCUCUCACAGUCUUCUAUGAUGGAAAGGUUUUGGGGAAGUUCUGCGGCCAUGAGAAUUCUGCUGUGGGACAUCACCCCGGACACCAGCCCAUGUUGUCUCCAGGCAACAGACUCACCCUCGUCUUCCUGUCAGAUGACAGCAACCCUGAGCGGCACCAGAACGUGGGCUUCUCCGCUCAGUACCAGGCUAUAGACAUAGAUGAGUGCUCUGCAGCAGAACCUGCAGACGGCUCAGGUCCACUCUGCUCUCAGAUCUGCCUCAAUACCCUGGGUUCCUACCUCUGCUCCUGUCACCAUGGCUAUGAGAUGCGUUCAGACCAGCGCUCCUGCAUGUUAUCCUGCAAUGGUGGUAUAUUCGAUGAGCCAGAAGGACAUCUGUUCAGUCCAGGAUACCCAAGCCCCCAGCCUGAUGCUGUGUCCUGCCAGUUCACCAUUGCAGUAGAGCUUGGCUUCCUCAUUACUCUUAACUUCAGCGACAACUUCCACAUUGAGAGCAUAGACACUGAGCAAGGGCCGAGCUGUCUCCAUCACUGGCUACAGGUGACUAUUUCAGAGGGAGAACCUGUGAAGCUGUGCGGCAGAAGGAGUCUAGGUCUGAUAGAGACAAACUCCAACAUUGUUAGGCUGGACUAUCACACUGAUGAAGACGGCCUGAGCCGAGGCUGGAGCCUGGACUACAGCACACACCGAGUGAAGUGUCCAUCUCCUGGAAAUGUAGCAAAGGGCAGAGUCACUCCCAUCUUCACCCAAUAUUUAUACAGGGACCACAUCUCUGUGCGCUGUGAUCAAGGAUACAAGCUCAUGAUGGAUGGCUCGGAGGUUGAGAGUUUCUCUGCUAUGUGCCAUAGCAAUGGACAGUGGCACCUCCCUCUGCCAGAAUGCCACAUAAUCGAUUGUGGAGAACCUGAACCUUUGCUGAAUGGAGGAGUGACCUUCCUGUCAGGCUUUAUGAAUCAGCACCUGUCUGUGGUCCAGUAUCACUGUAAUGACCCAUUUUACUCUCUCCUGGGAGGCGUAACUGCUACUUUUACAUGUGAAGCUGACAGAAGAUGGAGAUCCAACAAUGAGAUUGUUAUCCAUCCAACAUGCAUACCAGUGUGUGGCCAGCCGACAGAACAACUUGCUAACUUUCAGAGGAUCUUUGGAGGCAGUGACGCUCCAGACAACUCCAUCCCUUGGCAAGUGUUACUAACUGUGAAUGGAGCGAGAGGAGGAGGCAUGGUGAUUGCAGACCGCUGGAUUAUGACUGCAGCUCAUGUCCUUAACCAAAAAGGACAGACAGUAAAAAAUACAUCCAUUGAGAUUUUCAUGGGAAGUAAUGAUUUGAAUGCCAUGAUGAGCUCUCCCAUGUUUUCUACUUCGGUCCAUAUUCAUCCUGGCUACAACAACCCCAACAACAUUGACUACAACAAUGACAUUGCCUUGAUCAAACUGCGAGACCAACUCACAUUCAACUCAUCCAUUAUGCCCAUAUGUAUGCCAGCAGAGGAUGCCACAUACAUCACUGGCAUGACAGGAAUGGUGUCAGGCUAUGGCCACAUAAAAACUGAAGACGUAAGGAUGUUGACAAAUAAUCUCAAGUAUGUGGAGGUACCGGUGGUGGAUGAGGUGGUUUGCCGUACUUCAAUCGAUAAAGUAAAGAGGAUUAGGAACAAUGUACCUGAUUUGACAAAUAACAUGUUUUGUGCUGGAGUCCCUGAGGGUGGGAAGGACUCCUGCCAGGGUGACAGUGGAGGCCCCUUCGCCCUGUGGGACAGCAAGCGCUUCUGGGCUGGUGGGAUUGUCAGCUGGGGGAUUGACUGUGGACGUAAAGGGACAUACGGCGUCUAUACCAAAGUCACCAACUACAUGGGCUGGAUCAACAAGACAAUGCAGGAGAACUGAUAAACGGUUUUCCAUUAAGAGAU